AGAAACUGUAUUGCUCUGGGUGCAAAUCUUGCAUCCGUGCAUGAUGAUGAAGAGAACUUUUUCCUGCUGGACCUGUUGCCUCCCUCUACACGAUGUUGGAUUGGUGGUCACGAUGCUGUGGAAGAAGGAGAGUGGUUGUGGAGUGAUGGAACUAAAUUUGACUACACCAACUGGUGCGAUCGUGAACCUAACAAUCUAAAUGUUGAGAACUGUGGAGAGCUCAACUGGACCUCUGACCAAUGCUGGAAUGAUUCAACCUGUACAAACACAAUGGGCUAUAUCUGUGUUGAAGGCCUAUGA